AAUCCCACCACCAUAGCAAGAAACAGCCACCAAGACAAAAACAAACUUAAGGAGUUAUAUAUGGCAGCUCUUACAGCCUUAAAUCUAUUGUGUUCUACUUCCUAUUCAUCGAUUUCCAAGCCAAGAAAUGGCGUCAGUGUCAUCCUUCGAGUCCUAAAAUUUCCAGCACUUUCUCAUUUGUCUCUUCCUACACUACCUACAAAUGAAACCACAACCAUUAGCUUUAAAGAAGUUAUGAAGACAAGUGCUAAUAGCCCUAAAGAUCGUAGUGGUGAUACUAGUCCGAGAACAGUGGCUGCCGAGCUAUAUAUGAUCAUGGAAGUUGUUGCAGAAAGAAUAGAGAUGCAUAAAAAUAUUGGAGAACAGAGAAACAAUUGGAAUACCCUUCUUUUGAACUCCAUUAAUGCAAUCACUAUCGCUGCUACAACUAUGUCAGGACUUGCAUCAACUGGUGUCAUUGGAUCAUCACCAUCCCACCUUUUGGCUCUUAAAAUAUCUUCUACUUUAUUAUAUUCAGCAGCAACAGGGAUGAUGGUGGUGAUGAACACAAUUCAACCUUCGCAACUUGCAGAAGAACAAAGAAAUGCAACAAGAUUGUUCAAACAACUUCAUGAACAGAUCAAAACCGAACUUUCUCUAUCUUCUAAUAGUGCUAUUACUCAAAUGGAUGUGAAACAAGCAAUGGAGAGUGUUUUGGCUCUUGAUAAAGCUUACCCACUUCCACUGCUUGGAGGUGUAAUGAUUGAAAAAUUCCCAAAGAACGCCAAACCAGCAAUUUGGUGGCCACAACGGAAACAAGACCAAGAAGAAAAACAGUUCGCUAAUGGUACAGUAGAAAAGAACGGCUGGAGUAAUAAGCUUGAGAGGGAAAUGAGAUACAUAGUCGAAGCAUUGAAGAGUAGAGAUACUGAAGAAUACGUUAGAUUAAGUAACAUGGUCUUAAAAAUCAACAAGAUUUUAGCUAUUUCAGGUCCAUUGCUAACAGGUAUUGGUGCAAUAGGUUCAGCUUUCAUUGGCUCGCCUUCUCAGGGAUCAACAGCCGUGUUUUGUGGCGUCCUUGCUGGAGCAUUGGCCACCCUUGUAAAUACAUUGGAACAUGGUGGACAAGUAGGAAUAGUGUUAGAAAUGUAUAAAGCUUCUGCUGGUUCAUUCCAAUUACUAGAAGAGACUAUAGAUUCUACAUUGAAAGAAAAAGAAGUUGAAAAAAGAGAGAAUGGAGAAAUAUUUGAAAGAUGGUGGCUUUAAAGCUGGGGAGAAGUUUAUCUGACCUCAGAAGCUUUGCGGCUAGGUCUUCAUCUUCAAGAGAUGAGCAACCUAAAGAAUUUGCUAGCAAGCUCUUCUGAUGAGACUUGAUAGUUGAUACUGGUCUUU